UGCGAUUUCAGCUGCCAUCAGUGAUCUGUCAUUGAUGGAGCCUAUAAGCCAGACACCUGCUUCUGAGCAACCCAUGCUAGACAGUCUCACCCAAAUCAGAUCUCAGUUGACUGCUACUCUAUCUGCCGACACCACGGGCUCUACCGCCGAUGCUGCAGCAAGCAACCUUCUACUCGACAAUGCCUGGAUAACAGUCGUUGAUAUUGUCAAGCAACUCUCUUCUCUUCGUAGUAACAGCAACGAUCAGGAGGUUGUCAAGGAGACUGAAGGCGGCAUGCAUAUUGAUACCGAGGCUGAUCUUCUUUUGGAUGAUGUGGUUCCUAUGUUUUUCCAAAUCUGGUCAAAGGUUGGGAAAGUGCCAAAGGAUAUGUUUAAAACCUAUGUUCAAUUGAUCAAGAUACAGCAUACACUAAAUAAUCUCUAUGAGACUGGUCUGUUCACUAAUAAUCGACUCGCUAGUCUACGUGAUCGUUUAGCUACUGUAUCGACAAUGCUUGGAUCAUUCGAGCCUUUUACCAACACAGAUGCUUGUAUUGCUGCCACAACCUGCGUCAAUACCGUUGAAUGCUUUCGUCAGGCUGAUAAAAUGGCUACUCAAAAGCAUACCCAAUGUCUGGAAACCCUUGAUCGUCUACAGGCUGAGUUAGAUGCCAUUUCUCCUGUUCUUCAUCCCAUUCACGAUCGUCUGAUUGAAAUCAAGGAAGAACUCCAGACUCUACUGAGUCGUAAAAACCCUCAUCUGUUUUCACUUUCUGAAGUGCAGGUCCUGCAGGAUGAACUCAGAGAAAUUGAUUCUGCACGAAUUGAUGGCAAAUACAUUGCUAAAGACGACGGUAGCGUUGUUGCUGGCCAAGCAUCUGUCAUUGAACUACUAGAAUCUUGUUUCGACGAUGUUCAUGAGCUUUUGGCUGCCCGUGAAGCAGUUUCUGGUGAAAAUCCUCUUCGCCCCAUUUAUGAAGAUCUAAUCCGUAUCAAAGGAAAGCUUGAACGCUUACUUUUGGUUGGACGCUGGACUCUCAAAUCUGGUGAUCUUGUUUCGGUUCAAAUGAAGCUUGGAGAGAUUGACAACCUAAGAGUGGAUGGCAAGUUUCUUGACGAAGCAGGUGGUGUACCUCAAGGUCAAGCUGUUAUUCACUUUCUUCUUCACAAGUGUUAUCGGCUUGUUUAUAAACUACAAAUUGCCUGUGAACCUGUUGCCGACUCUUUGAUGCCAACGUAUAAUCAGCUACUGACAUUGCAGCGAUGUUUGAACGAGCUAAAACGAUGGAGGGUCGAACUAACUCAACCAGAGUUGAUUCCAUAUCAAAUCAAACUAUCCACCAUCGAUGCUAUUCGCCAAGACGGAAAGUUUGUGGAUGAGGAUGGUGAGAUUCCUGAAGGACAAGGCAUUCUUCACGAUCUGCUGAGCGACUGUUAUGAACUACUGCGCGAUCUUCAAAUGGGAUGUAAUGACUAGACUCAAUGUUCAUUCUUAAUUUUAUAUGCGCAUUUUUCUGGCCUGUUUUUAGCUAUAAUGGUGAAAUAAACCAGAAUACAAUAUC